UGACGGCAGAAGCGGUGGGCGGAGACACAAUAUGGCGGCGAUGGUGCUGGCCGCGACGCGGCUGCUGCGGGGCUCCCGCGCCUGGGGCCGCCCGCGCCUGAGGUUUGGGGGCCCCGCGAGCAGACAGUUCAGCAGCGGCGGCGCCUACCCCGGCGUCCCCCUCUCCGCUCCCUUGCCCGGAGUGCCGCAGCCCGUUUUCGCCACGGUCGAUGGGCAGGAGAAGUUCGAGACCAGAGUCACCACGCUGGACAACGGGCUCCGAGUGGCGUCGCAGAAUAAGUUUGGCCAGUUCUGCACGGUGGGAAUUCUUAUUAAUUCGGGAUCAAGAUAUGAAGCAAAACACCUUAGUGGAAUUGCUCACUUUUUGGAAAAGUUGGCAUUUUCGUCCACCGCCCGUUUCGACAGCAGAGACCGCAUCCUGCUCACCUUGGAAAAGCAUGGGGGCAUCUGUGACUGUCAGACGUCCAGAGACACCACCAUGUACGCUGUGUCUGCCGAUUCCAGAGGCCUGGACACGGUGGUCGGCUUGCUGGCUGACGUGGUCCUGCACCCCCGGCUCACAGCCGAGGAGAUCGAGAUGGCCCGGACGGCCGUCCAGUUUGAGCUGGAGGACCUCAACAUGCGGCCCGACCCGGAGCCCCUUCUCACCGAGAUGGUUCACGAGGCUGCGUACAGCGGGAACACGGUGGGCCUGCACCGCUUCUGCCCCGUGGAGAACGUGGCCAAGGUGGACCGGGCGGCGCUGCACUCCUACCUGCGCACCUACUACACCCCCGAGCGCAUGGUGCUGGCGGGCGUGGGCGUGGAGCACGAGCACCUGGUGGAGUGCGCCCGGAGGCACCUCCUGGGCGCCCGGCCGGCCUGGGGCGCCGAGGCGGCUGGGGACGUGGACUGGUCGGUGGCCCAGUACACCGGGGGGCUCGUCAAGCUGGAGAGGGACAUGUCGAACGUCAGCCUGGGCCCGACCCCGUUCCCCGAGCUCACGCACGUCAUGAUAGGGCUGGAGAGCUGCUCCUUCCUGGAGGCAGACUUCAUCCCCUUCGCUGUGCUGAACAUGAUGAUGGGUGGCGGCGGCUCCUUCUCGGCUGGCGGGCCCGGCAAAGGCAUGUUCACCAGGCUCUACCUCAAUGUGCUCAACAGGCACCACUGGAUGUACAAUGCAACCUCCUACCACCACAGCUACGAGGACACGGGCCUGCUGUGCAUCCACGCCAGCGCCGACCCCCGGCAGGUUCGAGAGAUGGUGGAGAUCAUCACCAAGGAGUUCAUCCUGAUGGGGGGCGCCGUGGACACGGUGGAGCUGGAGCGGGCCAAGACGCAGCUGAUGUCCAUGCUCAUGAUGAACCUGGAGUCCCGGCCUGUGAUCUUCGAGGACGUGGGGAGGCAGGUGCUGGCCACCGGGUCCCGGAAGCUGCCCCACGAGCUGUGUGCGCUCAUCCGCGACGUGAAGCCGGAGGACAUCAAGCGAGUGGCUGCCAAGAUGCUGCGCAGAAAGCCGGCCGUGGCCGCGCUGGGCGACCUGAGCGACCUGCCGGCCUACGAGCACAUCCAGGCGGCGCUGUGCAGCAGGGACGGGCGCCUGCCCCGGGCCUUCCGGCUCUUCCGCUAGCUGGCGGGGGCUGCGCACGCGCCUCUCCGGAGGAGACCGGGCGCCGCCGAGCUCACGGGCGGUGCGAACCAGGACGCUCUUCCUCCAUGCGAGCGCACACGUCUGACGUUGCCAAGUGCAGCUCUCUCCCCUCCCCCCGCCCCCGAAUGGGACGUGCCGGCCGUGGUGUGUACGCAGGCCUCCAGCACCGUGGCUCAGACCAGGGCCAGUGUGGACAGGACCCGAGCAGCCGCUGCAGGGGAACCAGGUCUGUGCACACGCCCUCCCGAGUCUCAGCAGGUGGGGCGGGCGCCCGGCCGUCUCCUGCUCCGAGGCCAGUGAGCCCACCGAGCGCCUGGCCCGUGGGGGCCAGUGCAGGGCUGGGUGCUCCUGGGCCGUCCGCCGACACCACUCUGGCGCUGGGCAGUGGCUGGCGUCCUCCACCCUCCACUCCGGACGGGGCUGCUGAAGGCCCGUGCUAACCGGCGGCUUUCCCAAACAAGGCGUGGGCCUGGCCGGUCCCCUUUCCGCCUGAGGACCCUUCAGUUUGACCCUUGUCGCAAAGCCCCUUGCCCUUGCUUUGAAAGGUGGGUUCUGGGUUCAGAGGGGUCAGGACAUACGGGAUGGAAGGUGGCUU